AUGGAGAGUUUGGGGCAGCAGAUGAACAGAAGCGAUCUGGGCAAAAUGAAUGGAACAGAUGAGGUUUUGAUUAAAUGUUUAGUCCCCAUCUUGGAUGGGCUGAUUCUGUUGACUGGACUCAUAGGGCAAACUCUGGUCAUCAUCAUUCUUACUAGGAGGAGGAGGAAACAGAACCAGCCCCCACACGGCACAGACAUCCUACUUCUGGUUCUGAGUGCUGCUGACCUGCUGCUUUUACUCUGCCUGCCCUUCCACACCUCCGCUAUCACCCUGGGCUUCUGGCCUUUCGGCAGCUUCCUGUGCAAAGUUAUCAGUUUCCUGGGCGUGGCCUGCUCGGUUGCCUCCGUAUUUACCAUGGCAGCUUUGGCUGUGACUCGCUACCUUACAGUGGUACACCCCACCUGGGCCUUCCGCUUGCGAAUGCACAGGCGCAUUAAACUGACAGUAGCUCUGCUCUGGGUCCCUGCCUCAGCUCUGGCAGCACCACAGUUUGCAUUUCGCACAGUCACCGUGUCCAGUGUUGUGCAGUGCUUCGCCUUCCUGUCUGACUUCAGCCAGCUGGUCUACAGCAUCGCCCUUUUCCUGUUUGGCUUCGCUCUGCCACUAGGCAUCAUUAUAUUGAUGUAUGCAAAGAUUUAUUGUUUUCUUCGAUAUGCACGCCAGGUGGGGAAUGCCCCUCAGCUAGAACGCUACCAGAGACAAGUCACUCACACUUCAGCCCUACUGGUCGCCGUCUUCACCAUCCUGUGGCUGCCCUCCUAUGUCCUCAUGUUUUCCUUAAUUGGAGGACAUUUAAAACACUCAUCUGGCAACAAAGUAUUUGCCAUCGUGGCCAGGCUGCUGGCAACCUCAGUGGGUGUGGUAAACCCUCUACUCUACGGCUUUGUGUCUCAGAAGUUUAGGCGAGACUUACUAGAGCUUGGAAGAAGGCAAUGGGCACGGUGCAGAAACUGUGUGAUUGGCUGCCCUUAUGCAAUGAGCAGAGACAUGGUACGGCCUUUUGAGGAGGACAGUACCUCAGGGAGAGGCCAAAACUGACUUUACAG